UUUAUUUAAUUACCUCAAAACAGCUUGCUGCCAACUCGCUUCAUUUAGACUUUGUCAGCUGUUGCAGUUUCACACGCUGGCUUCUUGUUCAGGAUAAUUGUGUGUGUAGGAAAACAGCUAGUAAAAGACAUAAUCAAAUAUGGCACCGCCAGCGGCAAGAGCGCGCUACAAUGCUAAUAAGGCUGACAACCAGAUACUCACCAAAAAACCACCGAAACGUCUUAAUGGUAACAAAGAAGCUGCCGGUGUCGUAGCCGGCAGCAAAAAGGAAAAGAAGAAGAAUAAACACUCAGCGACUGCAUCGAAUUCUGCGGAUAAGACCCAGUCUAGCCCCAAUCCGAUUAUGCCAAGUGUUCAUACGGCCUUCAAAACAUUUGUGAGCGCGCGUCUUUGUAGCGCAAUUUGGGCGUACAUUUCAGACUGUGAUGAGACUUUUAAUUACUGGGAACCGCUACACUACAUUAUCAACGGCCACGGCCUGCAAACCUGGGAGUAUAGUCCGCAAUUCGGCCUGCGCUCCUACACAUAUCUGUUACUGCAAGGCGUCCCCGGCUGGAUCUAUCAGAAGUUGUUCAAUCCAAGUCCCAUAUUAAUUUUUUAUAUGGUUCGUUGCAUGCUGGGCUUUGGCUGUGCACUCAUGGAGCGCUUUAUGUACAAAUCUAUAUGCCAGGAGUUCGGCAUACACGUCGGUCGGCUCUGGCUGAUCUUCCAGCUGUUUAGUGUGGGCAUGUUUGUGUCCAGUACUGCGCUGUUGCCAUCCUCGUUUUCUAUGUACUUUGGCUGCUCUGCUUUGGCUGCAUGGUGGCAGCAGCGCUACAGCCUGGCCAUAUUCUUUACUGCUAUUUCAGCGCUGCUCGGUUGGCCAUUCGCGGCGCUAAUUGGAGUUCCAUUAGUGUUGGAAUUGCUGCUUCGGCAACGCGAUUGGCGUACCUUUUUACAGUGGACAUUGAUCUCUGGCUUAACAAUUGCACUGCCCAUGAUUGCCAUCGAUACGAAAUACUUUGGCAAACUGACCUUCGCGCCACUUAACAUCGUUUGGUAUAAUGUCUUCACUAGCCACGGACCCAACAUUUUUGGCACUGAGCCUCUCAGCUACUACAUCCUCAAUGGUUUCCUCAAUUUCAACAUUAUUUGGCUUUUGGCACUGCAAUUACCGAUUAUGCUGGUCAUGGAUUAUCUUAUUGUGCCUGCAAAGUUUAAAUCGACGCUCAACUUUCCGCGCUAUAUUUCAUUAGCGCCUCUUUAUCUUUGGUUGCUGGUUUUCUUGGCACAGCCCCAUAAAGAGGAGCGUUUCCUGUUUCCGAUUUACCCAAUGAUCUCUCUCUGUGGCGCCAUCACUGUGGACGUCUAUCAGCGUAUCUUCUUCCGUAUCAAGACGCUUGUGUUUAAAAUCAAGUCGGGCAUUCACUAUUUAGAUCACAGUAUGUUCAUAGCCAUUGUCGUGAUGGUGGCCAGCACUUUAUUGGGUCUUUCACGUGUAUUUGCUCUCUAUCGGAAUUAUCAUGCGCCAAUGGAUCUAAUGCUGGAGCUCAAUCAAUUUAAGACUUCGCCACAGUAUCGUCCAGAUGAAAUUUAUAAUGUAUGCAUUGGCAAAGACUGGUAUCGUUAUCCAGGAAGUUUCUUUUUCCCGGCACGCAAUUUCCGACUGCGUUUCCUUAAAUCGGAAUUCCGAGGCAUGUUGCCCGCUUAUUACACGGAAGGUUUCAACGCCACUCAGGUCGUGCAUCCUUAUUUCAAUGACCAGAACUUGGAAAACGAGCACAUGUACUUUGACUACGAUCAGUGCCACUUUCUAUUAGACUUCGAUGAGGGGAAAUACACAACACUCGAACCGAGCUAUUCGAGGCGAACAAAGGACUGGUCUAUAAUGAAAACCUUGCCAUUCCUCAUACCAGAAAAGUCGCAUAAGGUGCUGCGCGCCUUUUAUGUGCCAUUCCUAACCGACAAUCACAUAAAAUAUGGAGAUUUUAAUCUGCUUAAGCGUAAAAAAGCGCGCAAUGGCAGCUAGAAUCUAGAAACAAAAGUAAAUUUUCAUGUAACUAAAUCUACAUAAUUUAUUAUGCCAAAUCGAGUUUGCUUUCCUGUUUUGUAUUUGAUGCAGUUCAAAGUCUUUUCAUAUUUACUGAUUUUAGUGUAUAAGCCAAAUUGUUUUACUAAAUUUGUCCAUAAUGCAACUUUUGUUCUCUCAUUUAAAAAAUAAUAAUUUCAAAUCAAGCCAAAGCUGUAAACUUUAUGCUGAAUCGAAUUAGAGUUUA